GGAUUGGUCGCGCGUAGGUCGUACGAUCGUUUGUAUUUUUUCAGUAUUGCGUUUGACAUAUCGGAAUAGUUCGCACAAGCUAUCUGUGCUACGCUCUUUUUGCGAGUUUUAUUCGAUACUGUUAAAUGUUUAAAACUGACAAAACAUAAUGGCAGACGCGGGAGGAUGGGUUCCGGCCCAAGACAAUGAUUUCUCAAAUUUUCAAUCGACUGACAGCUUUAAUCUUAACGAAGUCACCGGUAUCGAUGAUCUUAUUACUAAUUGUGACAGUGAAUUAUUGACAAAUGUGACAAAUGAGCUCUUCAGCGAUGAAGCCUUACUAUCUGAAUUGGAAGACCCCAUACCAAUGGAUGUAAUGGACGGAGAAAAUUUUAAUUUCUUAAAUAUCAACAACUCUGAAGAAUUCAAAGAUUUCAAGGAUCCUGCUAUUCUGAAGCACACAAAUGUUCAAAAUGCUAAUGUUUUGGUGGCACAACAAACAGCCACAGAUAACAGUCAACCUGUUGCUUAUGUGCAACAACAAGACAUUGCAUCACCACAACCAAACAGGCAGCAAAGAAUAUCAGUGGCUUCCACGACGCCUACUGUGUUCAGUUCGCAGUAUGCAAUACCUCAGAAUGUGAAUUUUAAUGUUCAAUCGCCGAACGUUGUGACUUUAGCUCCGGUCACUCAGCAGCAAUUACUUCUGCCAGCCAAAUUAAUAAAAUCAGAAUCUCUUGUGUAUUCGAAGGGUGCGCAAACUAUUACGUCAACUCCAGUGCAACAUCAAAUACAUACUUUAGUGAAUACCGCAAAUGGGACGGUAUUAACUACAGGGAUUCCUGUUGUGCUGGAUACUGACAAGGUACAAAUCAAUCGUUUGAACACAAGCGCACACGUGGGCGUACCGAGAGUCAGGGAAGUGAAACGUAGCGCUCACAACGCGAUCGAAAGACGAUACAGAACGUCUAUCAAUGACAAAAUAAUUGAAUUGAAAAACAUCAUAGUCGGGGUUGACGCCAAACUAAACAAGUCCGCAAUUUUACGGAAAACAAUUGACUACAUUAGAUAUUUGCAGAAUACCAAUGCGAAGUUAAAGGCUGAGAAUUUGUCGUUGAAAGUGGCUGCUCAACGACACAAUCUUCGCGAUUUAUUGACAUGUGGUGAACUAACACCUCCACGUUCAGACACAAGCGAGCCGUCUUUGUCGCCAGCACCGGCACCACUUUCGCCACCUUCGCCGUCGUCUGUGAAGGACGAUUCAGACGCGUUGCAAAACCUGCAUCCCGUAUCUGCCUCGUCCAACAGCGGUUUGAGAGAUCAUACGCGAUUGGUAUUGUGCGGAUUCAUGCUGAUGUUCCUGGCAUUCAAUCCUCUCGGCGUGCUCGUGAACAACGUCGGACGGUUCAACUACGAUUACUUGAACACAAAAGUGGACGGACGGACAAUAUUGAAUUAUCAAGAUCAACCGGAAGUGGAAAGGCAAGUGUGGAGCAACGUUGUUCUCUGGCUCAUCAAUCUGAUACUUCUCGCAAGCGGUCUCUGUAAACUGUUGAUAUACAGCGAUCCCGUUUUGCCAACCGACAGCAAGCUCUUCCUCGAAUUACGCCGUUGGAGACGUCAGGCCGAGUUUAACAUAUCCAAGCACGAAUACACCCAAGCGUAUCGCGACUUGCAUCAGUGUUUGCAAUACUUUGGCCGAUCUUUCCCGCUGUCACGCACGGAGAUCUAUCUCGCUACCACGUGGCAGAUAAUCCGACAGGUUUUACACAAGUUGUGGCUGGGCAGAUGGGUCAUGCAGAUCAACAGAUGGCUGUCGGAGAAGUCAGAGCGACAGCAAGCGGAGAUGACCGCCGUGGAGAUAUCUAUCGUUUAUCAGCACAUGUUCUGCCUUCGUUUAUCCGAGGGAACGCGAGACUCGACGCUGUAUCUCGCUCUUUGCGCGCUCAAUUACGCGGAAGCUGCCGGCGAGAAUAUGCCGAAACCGCUUCUCGCGGAGAUCUACGUGAACGCAGCGUUAUGCUUGAAACAAUCGUUCUUUCCGUACAUACACAAGUACUAUCUCGGCAAGGCUCGCGUCCUGUUAUCCUCCUGCAAAGUUCCCUCGAAACUCAAGUGGAUCAUGACCGACGAAGGCGCCAAAUUUUUAGCGUCUCAGAAGUGGCAGUACAAAAAGCAUUCCGACAGCGAGUUUACGUCGCAAAACAGCAGAGCGGAUCCGCUGUCGUACGCGGCUCGUGCGUACAGGGAUUAUUUGAUCGAGCAGUGCAUGCGUUCGCUGACUGGCACUGUUGGAGAAUGUCACGCGUCUUCCGUGCUCGAAAUGGGACGACUCAUUGUCGCGUCCGCGGAAGUGGAUCCUUGCUUCAUGUGCACUGAUCAAGAUAAUGCGGAAAUAUGCGAAGAUGAAAUUGGAUUGUGGUGGGGAGCGGUAAUAUGCGCUGCCGCUAGUUGGAGAUUGGGAGAGGAAGACUCGAAAGCGUGGAGUAUCGUGGAGAGCAAAUUCCCCUACGAACGGAAUUAUCAGAUCAGUGACAACAACAGCAGCAACUCGUUACCGCACGCGGUAUUCAACGUCCUGCAAGCAGCGAAACACUCAACGAAGCUGAUUUCCACACGUUCCAUCGAUCAGGCGGGACUGUUGCUCGAACAAUCUAUGGUGUACUAUCACUGCAAGGAGAAAUUGUCGCAGAAAGUCUUACUCAUGCAAUUGUGGGUUUGCGACUGGCUUCUGGAAUUGCGUACGACACUGUGGCAAGACUUCGACGCCGAAUCAGAGAGAUCAACUGCAAACCUGUCUCUUGUAGGAUUUCAACGGGACUUAGCAUGCUUGAGACAACUGUGUCAACAUAUUCCAUCCGUGUUGCCACGAGUGUUUCUGUACGAGGCAACGGCGCGUAUCAUGGCUGGUGCGACACCGGUGAGGACUCAGAUUCUGUUGGAUCGAAGUCUCCAUCACAGAAAUUCACGCUCCUCCAUCAUAUGCGGAAAGGAUCGGUCGCAGGAGCAGAAUAAUGGCGAGAGAGAGCAUGCCGUUGCGUUGUGUCUGGCGUGCAGGCAUCUGCCGACGUUGCUUUUAGCUUCUCCGGGUGAACGUGCUGGUAUGCUUACGGAAGCUGCCAAGACGUUGGAACGAAUAGGAGACAGAAAGCGACUUCAAGAAUGUUACAAACUGAUGCGGCAAUUAGGUUCUGCGAUCACAGUUAAUUGAAAUGUUAACGUUUUGUAGCAGAUAUAAAUGUUAACGUUUUUUAAAAAAAACCUACACUUAUAUUUAAAAAAGCAUGAAUAUUUACAUAUGUUCUUUUGAGAAAUUUUUGUAUUGUGAUUAUUUCCGGAUUUAGAACGAUAGUUUAUUUCUGAGAAAUGGGCCUAGCACAAUAGACAAAAUAUAAUAAAAAUAAAUAUUAAAUAAGAAAUUUGAAUUAUUUCUUUACAAAACAAGAAAUUAGAAGAAAUUAAUGCAUCAUAAAUUAAAAAUAAGAAUAUGGAAUAAUUAAUCUAUUCCGUUCUCGUUUGAUGUAACAUUAUUUCAAGUUUCUUUUCUAAAUAUUUAAUAUUCAUUCCUAUACCUAAUAUUUUUUCUAUUGUGUUCAAGGUCUUAAGAUUUG